ACCAUCUAUCUCUCUAUAGAGAAGCAGCUCAUGCUCCUCAGUAGCAGUGGAAAUGCAUUAGCCCAAGGUGACUGGAAUCAGAAUAGCCUCUCGUCCGACCUCUGUGUUAGCAGCCUUUGUAUGCUGUCAGACCUCUGUUUUGGAUGAAUUAUGCAUGAGCUGCUGCGGUGCAAUGUCAAUAAAUCGCAAUGUCCUGGCAAUUUCAUUACCCGCGUUAUUUAAAUAAAUAUUUACCUGCGGCAAAGAAUCGAUAGCCCAGACGUAGACGUAAUCGUCACGUGCCGCCGCUGACCGGCAGAGGGCGCGUCGCCCCGCUUUACCUUCCAGAUUGCGGCGUGCUCGUGUUUGUUCCGUCUUUCUCCAGCCGGCGUGAUGCGCGUGAGCUCGAUAGCGCGCCAAAGCCCUUGAAAGCAAUGUCUGGAUGCACUGCUGGAUACAGUGUCAUAUAUUUCUGCUGUUCUCUGCUCUCAUUUGUGACUCCUUGCGGUGCUUUUAACGACGGAAGCUCAAAAAAACAAGAAAGAAGUGAUCCGCGCGUCUUUGACCAGUUCACUGCGACAGAAGUGCGGGAUGUGGUGUUUGUGAUACAGAGUCAGAAAAACACAUAUCAUAGCCACAGGGCUGAACAAAGAAGAACAGAGUUACUCCAUCAGGCUCAAAUCCUAAACCAGAGUUCACCAGAUGUUGUGCUCCUUCACAAGCUGUCAGACUAUGAUGGGAACUGGAGCGUUCUUCCGGCACUGCCGAGCCUUGUCUCACAGUACUGUCGAACGUCGUCAUGGUUUGUGUUUUUGGAAGAAGAGACCAAUGUGAACUUGCACAACCUUCUGGUGGUGCUGAGCAAAUUCAACACACAAAAGGAGUGGUUUCUGGGCAAACCCCUCCAUGAUGAUGAACCAACAAUUAUCCACCACUAUGCUUUCUCAGAGGACCCCUACAGCUUUAGUUAUCCUGACUUCAUGGCUGGCUGGGCCCUCAGUUGCCCCCUGGCUAAGCGAACCGCAGAACGUGUGAAUUAUGAGCCACCAAAAUCGGAUUUCACAAUUGACCUUCAACACGAGAUUGCCCUCUACAUCUGGGAGGAAGGAAAAGGUCCUGCUUUGACUGCGGUGAAUGAGUUUUGCUCAGAGCUAAACAGCUCUCCCUCAAUGGGAGAAUGUGCUACGGCCAUCAACAUCUACUUGCCUGUCUGUGGAAACCCUGUGCAGAAGGAGGACAUCUUUGUUGCUAUUAAAACAUGUCACAGAUUUCAUGGAGAUAGAGUUCCUAUAGUUAAACAAACAUGGGAAAAAGAUGCUGCCUCGUUGGAAUACUACAGUGACAUCACGGACCCAUAUAUACCCACAGUCCACCUGGGAAUCCCUAACACAGAGAGAGGGCACUGUGCGAAAACAUUUGCCAUCCUGAGGAGGUUUGCGAGUGGAGCUGUAACGCAAGCUCCUUGGUUGCUCAUAGUGGAUGAUGACACACUAAUAAGUCUAACCAGACUCAGAGGGCUGCUUAGUUGUUAUGAUCCCAAUGAAGCCGUGAGUGUUGGAGAACGUUACGGUUAUGGGCUUAGCAGCGACGGCUACAGCUACAUCACGGGAGGUGGAGGGAUGGUGUUCAGCAGGGUAGCGGUGCAGAAUAUUUUGGCAGGUGGCUGUGGAUGCCGCAUUUCCGAUGCCCCUGAUGACAUGGUAUUAGGGAUGUGUCUAACCACACUUGGACUGCCGGUCACACACAGCCCACUUUUCCAUCAGGCCCGUCCACAUGAUUAUGUGAAAGAGCUGCUGGUACGACAGAGCCCAAUCUCCUUCCACAAGCACUGGAACAUCAAUCCUGUUGCUGUGUACCAGCACUGGCUCGCAGAGCCCAACCACAACAGACCAGGCUCGCUCACAAAGACCAGAGAGGAGCUGUAGAUGGAGCUCAUGGAUUGCAUGUAUUUCAUUUCAUAAUUAAAUGAAAUCGAUUGUGAAAGGUAAAUUAGUCCUAUAUCAUUUUAAACACAUUCUAUAUAUUAUUUUAAACAAUUUAUUGGUUCAUGUUAUUUAAAAAAUUCAUAGCAUAGUUUGAUAAAUUCCUCCCCACACCAUUUUUUUAUUGCUUGUUAUUUGUUGUAAUAUUUUUCAAACAGAUUUCCUGAACACUCCUGUCUUAAGUUAGUGGUUAUAAGCACAUGCAGUAGUCAACAUUUGAAGUGGAUCAAAAAAGUUCACCAACGUUGUCCUAAAACAAGUACACAUUUUGAUUUUAGGCUUUAGGACAACUUUGACAAGGUUUUCCACUUCAAGUGUUCAGUACUGUAGUUUUGGCCCAAACUCAUAUUUGUUCCACAGGACUACUUUUGGGAGGAAAAAUCAGCCUGUGGGUUUUUUUUUUUCAAUUGUUUCAACAUAAGAUGGAAUAGGAGAAAGUAUUUGUACAUCAAAACAGUAAACACAAAAAUACCCCUUAAAGAUCUAAAAGGUCUUAAAGUCUUUACUCACCCCAAAUCGAGGCCUUAACAAGGUCUUGAAAUGGCGUAGACGGUUUUAAAUGUAUAGUUAUCACAUUAAAUGUCACAUCAACGACAAAAAAUAAAUGUCAAUAUCCUUUAAACAAGAUGUAUUUUACUUGUGAUGCAAAAUAAAAACACGAUUAAUAAAAAAUAAAAUAAAAUAAUGAGGAAGAACAUCAUUAACUAAUAACUUUGGUUAUUUAUGGUUAUUUCCAUAUUGUAGUAAGUGGGAAGGUAUUUUUUUUUUUUUUUUUUUUUUCAUAAAAUGAAAUAUAGACCAGUUGGUAAUUGUAUUUAUGCGCUUUAAAGUGUGGCUAAUACUUACUGUAUGAUUCAUAAACAUUUAUAUUUUGACAACAUAGAGUACUAACAUAUUGUUUCAUUCGUUUUAUUCCUUAUAUUUUAUUUUCUUGCUAUUGAAAAGAGUUUUAUAUCGUUUAAAAUUUGCCAUAUUUUUAAUUUGCCAUAAAACUUUUUAUUCUGGGUGUACAGAACUCACUGCUUUCAAUAGUAUGUUCACGUAACUUGCUUAUUUUGAAAACUUGGAAUAAACGUCAGAAAAACAGCAGUUUAACACCUGUUUAGGUCAUGCUUUUCUUUCUGAUGAUUUAGAUUUUACAGUAUUAAACUUGAGGAUUUUUACCAUCUAAACGUAAGGAAAAAGGGUCAACUUGUUAUUCGCUUGUGGUUUGAUUUAUUUAUAGCUUCUGCCCUGCAUAUUUUAUUCAAGAGUACACAUUGACAGGGUCAAAAGUAUGGCCAGUGGUUUAUUUCCUG